AUGCGGGAACCCGUCCGAGCGUAUAUCGCCCUCGGAAGCAAUAUGGGAGACCGUAUUGCCAUGAUCGAGGAAGCAUGCAAAGAGAUGGACUCAGAUGGGACGAUUAAAAUCCUAAGGACGAGCAGCUUAUGGGAGACUGAGGCGAUGUAUGUGUCUGACCAGAAUAACUUUGUGAAUGGCGCAUGUGAGGUAGAGACACGAUUGUCACCCAUUGAAUUGCUUGAUAAACUCCAAGCUAUUGAAAAUGCAAUGGGAAGAGUGAAGGUCAUAGACAAAGGCCCGCGAUGCAUAGAUUUGGAUGUCUUGCUAUAUGGAGAGAUGCCGUAUCAACACGAAAGGCUCCAGAUCCCACAUCCUCUGAUGCUCGAACGGGAAUUUGUACUGCGACCAAUGUCUGAACUCAUCCCCGAAUUCAAUAUCCCAUUGGAACGAUCAGUGGGCACCGUGGUAGAAAAUCUCACCCGCUUACCACCCUCCGAUCCCCCUCUAACCACACUAACCCCCCUCGCUCCGUCUCUCCCUCCCAUCACUGCUCUGCACCCCGCCCGAAAAACCCUCAUAAUGACCAUCCUCAACCUCACUCCGGACUCGUUCUCCGACGGCGGCUUCCACACCUCUGCUUCCCUCCAAUCCACCAUCUCACGCCUCCUCCCCCACACCCACAUCCUCGACAUCGGCGGCCAAUCCUCCCGCCCACACGCCCCCUCCAUCCCCGCCGCCGCCGAAUCCGCCCGCGUCCUCCCCGCCAUCGCCCUCGCCCGCUCCCUCCACGUCCCCGCCAUCAGCGUCGACACCUACCGCGCCCCCGUCGCCGAUGCCGCCCUUCGCGCCGGCGCCACCAUCGUCAACGACAUUAGCGGCGGGUUGCUAGAUCCGGAGAUCCUGAACGUCACCGCGCGGCAUGGCGCGACCUUCGUCAUCACGCACACCCGCGGUACCCCGGACACGAUGAACUCCCUCACGCACUACCCCCAUGGCCUAAUCCCCACCGUCGCGUCCGAGCUGCUCGAGCGCGUCCACGCCGCGGAAUCCGCCGGCAUUCGCCGCUGGCGGAUAAUACUCGACCCGGGCAUCGGGUUCGCGAAAACGGGCGAGCAGAAUCUCGAGCUGCUGCGGCGACUGGGGGAGCUACGGGGAUGGCCGGGGCUAGAGGGGUUACCGUGGUUGGUGGGGGCGAGUCGGAAGGGGUUUAUUGGGAAGUUGACGGGGGUGGGGGAGGCGAAGGAGCGGGGGUGGGGGACGGCGGGAGCGGUGGCGGGAGCGGUGGUGGGUGGGGCGGAUGUGGUGAGAGUGCAUGAUGCGAGGGAGAUGGGGGAGUGUGUGAAGGUUUUGGAUGCGAUUUAUCGGGUGUAG